UUAGUGUUGCACUAACUCGGGUUCACGGGUUGUGUCUCUCUCUUAUGAGUCAUACCUCAUUUAUCAUGAAAACCAUUAUAUAAGCCACUUUCAUCAGUUCAUGCACUAUGCACCCAACGCGUCAAACUUCACAAGAUUCACAAUAUAUAUAUCCCACUUUUUUUUUUUUCUCUCUUCCAACAAAAAAACAAAAAACAAAAAACAAACCUACUUCUCAGUUCUCACAAAAUGCUAUCAUCCAACACUCUUAAACACUUGGCUCUCUUUCUUGUCUUUUUUAUCACUUCCACGGCGGCAGCCGGAAGAAAUCUCCGAUUUGAUAUGGCAAGUGGUGGUGCACCGCCGUCUGGAACCCCCUCGGGUGCCACCGGUUCGGGCCAUGGUGCAAACUGGGACUAUAGUUGGGGAUGGGGGUCCGGACCCGGAACUGGCUGGGGUUAUGGUUCCGGGUCAGGGCGCUCUCCAUCAGGUUUUGGUAAAGGCUUUGGCUAUGGUUUUGGAACCGGGUCUGGAUCUGGAUCCGGGUAUGGAUAUGGGUCUGGUAGUGGUGAUGCUCAUGGUGGUGGUUAUGGGUCGGGAACUGGUUCAGGCAACUCUGGUGGUGGCGGCUUCGGAGGAGGGAGUGGCAAUAACCGUUCACCCUCGGCGUCUAGGGGCAAAACCAGCCAUGGUUAAAAAAAUGUAAUGGCAUGGUGUAUCCUCUUGAUAGUAAUAGUAUGAUAUUAAAUAUUACUAUCUAUAAUUGUCUUAACGUUGGUGUGUGUAUGCAUAUAUGGUAGAUAUAGCUAGAGCUUGCUAGCCAUAUAUAUAAAGCUUUGAAGUUGCUAUAGGCCCAAUGAAAAUCUUAAUAUAUUGAUGUAUAAUUUGUAAUGCUAAGUAUUUUCU